AUGUCCAGAUCGCUUGGCUUGAACCAAAAGACUCAAUUUAUAAUGUGCAAGUUGGGACCACUUUAUUUUGCUACGAGUCAGUACCAAGCAACUAUGUUUCAAAAGCCACAAGCACCAUCAAACUCAUCUGUUAACUCAUCAACGUUGGAAAGCGCCAGUAUUCACAGUGGCCAUGGAUCGCCAAGUUUCCAAGGGGCAGUUACUAAUGAAUCACCAUCAAUCAUAUCGAGAACAUUAACGGCAACUUCAGUCAACUCCCACUCUACGGUCAAUACUACGUUUGAAACUAAUUGGAUGCCCAACUCUUUUGUUGUCAGCAGAAAAAAAUACAGUAUUUCCCUAAAACUCAAACCAAAUGAAAUCAGCCUAUUGAGAAAGUCAUGGACAAUUGUUACAUCUAAUGAUUCACGGGCUGCUAAUGAGAAUCUUUUAGAACGUUCGAUAUCUAGACAGAGCUCUACUUCGAACUUGAGGUUGACUGUCACUACCACCAACAACUCAAUGGGCUCAAAUAUGACAACUGGAACAACGGGUACUAAACCUGGAUCUGUGGUUGGCAAUUCACACGGAGGACCAGGUUUUAAUACUGCUUCAUUUUCUUCAUAUCUUUUCUGUAUUCAGUUCUAUAACAAUUUGAUCGGUAUGGAUCCAGAAAUUGAAAGAUUGAUCCCAAGCAUUCGUCAUCAAGCAUCUGCUUUUGCUGGUGUGAUUCAAGUUGCCAUUGAUACUCUAGAAGAUCUGUCUAAAAUGAAAGAAUCAUUGUUAAACUUGGGACAUUUGCACGCAAGAAUAUUAGGUAUAGACUCGCCUUAUUUCAAAACUAUGGGCGAUGCAUUGAUUAAGACGUUUCAAGACUGGUUUGGUAACAGCCCAGAGUCCUUCCCCUUGGAGUUAGAAGAAGCUUGGAUUAAGCUAUAUUGUUUUCUUGCUAAUUCUAUCAUUCAAGGAGGAAUUGACCCGAUAAUUGAAUAUAACAUACAGCCUGCCAACAAUAUGGUUACUAAUACAAAUACAGAUAAUAUGAAUGAGGAGGCUGAAGAAUCCGAAGAGGAAGAAUCUGAAGCCGAAAAGUAUGAUUCAAUUGCAGAAAUGGGCACUUCGUUUGCCUCUUCUUCUAGUUUGGGAAAGAAGUCUACCCCUAAACAUACACCAUCAUCGUAUUCUAAAUACGAACCAUCCUUGAGCCCACCAGCAUCCAAGCCUGUAUAUUCUGCUAGUGUUUCUGGAUCGAGACUCAACAGACUCAAAAAGACCAAAAAUGGAACAAAGGAAGAUUGUACUAUCAUGUAG